AUGGCCUAUCAACGUACUAUUCUUCCGCUCUAUUACAACCCAGGCCUUUCACCAUGCAGCAGCACUGUAUGGUUUCUUACUGGGUUUCUUUUCGUUCUAGAUUUUUAUAAAUCGGAAACUGGACAACGAAUAGUUAUUUAUAUCAAGGAAUUAUACAAUAACUAUUCGGACUUCUGCUCUAUAAGGAACUUGAAAGAACUAAUGGAAAGGGGAAAUCACAUGGUACCUUCCCUUUUCAAUUGGAUUUUUCAAGAAUAUCCUGAGUCAGCUGGACGUUUUUUCAGAAGGUUUAAUCUGAUUGCACUUAAUGUGAUGUAUAAUAAAAUAUCGGAUUACCUUUUGGAUUGUGCAGCUGAUUUCUUACUUCCUAACUGGAUAUUCCUCAAAGACUGGAUGAAGGGUUACCAAGUAUUUUUAGAAAGCAUAGAUUAA